AGUUGUUUUCGUUUCUGCGGCAACAGCAACAAAAAAGAGGGGAUAAAGCUCGGCAGAAAAGGCUCGGAAGAUGAACUACUGGAAAUGGAAAACAAACGGCACGGCGCUGGACGCGGAGGAGGUGUGUCUGCUCACGCAGCACGGCGUGGCCCUCUACAACAAGGACGCCAAAACACAGUGGUCGAAGGGUAAGUUAUCGUUGACGACGCACCAUCUCAUGUACCAAGACGAGGCAGACUCUUCCAGCAUUUUGCAGCUGCCUUUAGAGUUGGUGCGUCGUGCUGGGCAGUCGCCGAGCACCGCCAGCGGCUUCGGUCCCUUCUCCAGUCCCAAAAUCAUCGUCCCCCUACCCCAAAACAAUUACGUGAAGCUUUCCUUUCGCUCUGGUGGGGCGGACAACUUCUUUUCCGCAUUUGUGAACGCUCUGGAGAAGAAGGCGUGGGUGCAGCCGAGCUCGUCGAAGCUGUCGCAAGGGGCCAGCAACGAGCAGCCCUCCACGCGGCCAACACCCACCGCACGCGAAGGGGCGGGAGCAUCGGGCUCUGGCAGCUCACCCGCGCCGCAGGCGGCAGUGCUGCCUUCUGUGCCGCGCGGCGUCGGUAUUGCCGGUGUGCAGCAGGCCUCCGCGCAAUCGGCAGCCAUGAAUGAAACACUGAAGGACGUGGAUGAUGUGAUGAACAAAGCCUCCUCGCUGGUGGCGAACAUCCGCCGGCUACGCGAGCGCAACGAGGCAACGGCCGCCGCUGGCGCCGCCCCCGGUAGCGAGAUGGCUGUCGAGCGCACGAAGAUCGAGAGCAUCGAGUCCACGCUCGGUCUCGGCACGAUGGUGACACGCGGCGGCAGCGACAGCAGCGAGUCGCAGUUUCACAAGGAUCUCGCGCAGGAGCUGCACACGUGGAUGACGCACGAGCGCAAUGCGAAGCUCUUCAACGACACGCCGGUGGUGCCGCUCAUUGAGCUGUUUGCGUUGUACAACAAAGCGCGCGGUGGCGAUUUGGUCUCACCGCUUGAUGUGCUCAACGCGUGCCGGUACAUGACCGCCAAGAUGUCGAGCUCGCGCUACGACUUAGUCACCCUCUCAUCGGGACGCAAGGCGUUGGUGAACAAGGACGACUCGCUGUUGCUGGCGAAACUGGCCGCCCUGCUCGGCCCUCAGCUGGUGAAUGAGCAGUCUUCUCCGCUGCAGGAUGCCUGGAAGCAGCAGCAGCGGAGAAGCGGGGUUACGCCGCUGCUGCACGUGCCAAGUGCAAAGCGGCUUCCUUCCUCCGCUGGUGAGCUGCGGUCCGUCAGCGAUGUCCAGCUGGCCGAGCGAAUGCAGGUCUCGACGGCGGUGGCGGCGGACAUCCUCGGCUCCCUGGAGCAGAAGGGCUACCUUUGCUGUGGUGACACCGGCUUCGACUGUUUUGUGUACUACUGGAACAUUUUCGUCUUUUAG